AUGCAGGACUGGCCGGCGGCUUUCUACAUUGCCGGGCCGGCGCGCCUGCGCACAGGGCCUGGACUGUCAGGCACUGUGGCCGCGUUACUGGAGAGGCUGUGCGUGGAGAAUGCGCUGAUCACGGUGGUUUCACGCACGUGCGCCGGCAACGCCAAGCUGACCGAGCCCUGGUACGGCACCCGCUUCGGGUUUCGGGACCUGCGGGGUCUCCGGGGACGACUCAGAAACGCCGGCCUGGGCGAUGGCCUAGGCCUGCCGCCCUUGAACCCGUUCCUGCCUCGAAGCCUUGCUCUGAAGGCGCCGCGCAGGGCCCCGGGGGCCUUCCCGGUACCUGCGCUGGAGCGGACGGAGCGGUGGGAUGCCUACUUCCGGCAAGACACCGAGCACGGGGUGCCGAAGGCCUAUGUCUUCGUGCAGCUUCUGACGCCCUUGCCUCGAGGCAGCCCGGAGCUGGCCGUAGCGGCCAGGUUGUACGAGAACCUGGUUGCUGAUGGGCUGCAGGAAUCCUUGCUCUACUACGCCCAGGUGGCAGGCCUGGACUUCAACUUUUCCAUCUCCACACGCGGGGUGCAGCUCUUCCUGGGUGGCUUCGACGACCGCCUGGGCAGCUUCGCGGAAUCUGCGCUGGACGCCUUGCUGGCUUACAAGCCGGACCCCAAAGACUUCGCCGCGCAGUUGGACGUGCUGCGUCGGGAGCUCGACUCCUUCGACUCGCAGCUGCCCAUAGCACAGGCCUCCUAUUGGACCGGCCUGGCACUGGUGGUCCCCGAGAUUCCCCUGGAGGAGCUGCGCAGAGCCGCGGCGGCGGCCAGGCCCGCGGAGGUGGCGGCCUUCGCGGAGCAGCUCUGGCGCCGCGAGCGGCUCUUCGGGACUUCGCUCUGCUGGGGCAACCUGCGCCAGGCGGAGGCGGACGCGCUGGCUGCGAAGCUUCAGCGCUUGGACUUUGCCCCCCUGCCGCCGUCGGAGUGGCCGCUGCCGCGGGUGGCUCAGGUGCCCAUUGCGCCGACGGGGCCCGGUGUGGUGCUGGUUCAUGAAGUGAUGGACCCGGCGGAGGAGAACUCUGCUGUGGAGCUUCUCUUUCAAGGAGGCAGCUCCAGGGGCGGAGACCCGGAGCAGAUGGAGGCCCUAGCGGUGCUACAGGUGCUGGCUUCUGCCAUCAGCGACGAGUUCUACGAAGAGCUGCGCACGCGGGAGCAGCUGGGCUACGUGGUGUCCUGCCGCGCCGACCGGAACGAGGGCGUCUUUGGCUUGCUCUUCCAGGUGCAGGGUGCCGCGAAGAGCGCGCUCGAGGUUCUCGAGCGCAUUGAUGCCUUCCUGGAGACGGUGCCGGAGCUGUUAAAGGCCAAGAGUGAGGCAGAGGUGGCCCAAUUGGCGGAUGCCCUGGCGGAGGCGCGGCUGGCGCGGCCCCAGUCGCUGCUGGGGGCGGCGCAGCGCGUGUGGGCGGAGAUCCGGAGCCGGGAGUUCCGGUGGGCGCGGCCGGCAGAGGAGGCGUUGGCGCUGAAGAAGGUGCGGAAGGCGCAGGUCCUGGAGGCCUUCGACACCAGGGUAGCUUCCGGCGGAGCGUUGCGCCGGCGCCUGGUGUCGUUGGUUGUGCGCCGCGGCGAGAAAGCGCGGGUCCUGGCGGCGCUGGCGAAGCGAAAUGCGCAGGUGAUCGAGGAUCUUCAGGCCUUUGCUCGAGUGCAGCCAAAGUGGCCUAGCUGA